AUGGCUCAAGUCCUGGUUGUCUACCCUUCUGGUCCUUCGUUUGACAUGGACUACUACCUGAAGACACACAUGCCUCUUGUCGCAUCCAAGUGGGGUCCUUUGGGCCUCAAGAACUACAAGAUCCUGAACUUCGUGGAGGGUGCUCCUUACCAAGUUCAAGCUACACUUGAAUGGGAGAGUGUCGAGGUCUUUGACAAGGCUGCUGCGAACGAGGUUGCCAAGGAGAUCUUUGGGGACAUCAAGAACUUUUACCAGGGAGAGCCAUUGCUUCUCAAGGGUCCUGUUGUUGCUCAUGAAAGCGUUUCGUCUUCGUAA